AUGGCUCUUGAGCCGGGCUCUGGCCGACGCUCUGUCUCUCCGGAGAGCUCUGGCCGCGAUUCUCCCCUGCCGCGUCAAUGGAGGAAUCAACUUGGUGCUGAGGAGGCGCCUUCAAGAGACAAGCAAUACCGCAAGUACGCAUCGGGCGUCGAAAGAGCCCUGACUCUGUUUGAGACUGCCCUGCAGGAGUGGGCAGACUACAUCUCGUUCCUGAACCGCUUGCUGAAGGCGCUGCAAGCUAGACAGCCGUCCAUCACCACGAUCCCUGCGAAAUCGACCGUUGCGAAGCGCCUGUCGCAAUGCCUCAAUCCAUCCCUGCCAUCCGGCGUACACCAGAAGGCCCUCGAAGUCUAUAACUUCAUUUUCUCCACGAUCGGACAAGAUGGAUUAUCCAAAGACCUACCACUCUACCUCCCCGGACUAGCUUCGACUCUGUCCUUCGCCUCCCUCUCUGUCAGGACUCCCUUCCUCGACAUCUUGGAAACCCACUUCCUCAAACUCGACCCUCGAUCCCUACGACCAGCAAUGAAGUCCAUCGUCCUAGCUCUUCUGCCGGGCCUGGAAGACGAAACUAGUGAGGAUUUCGACAGGACUUUGCGUCUGAUGGAGAGCUUCAAGAAAUCAAUACGGCCACCAGGAAGUGAAGAUUUGGACGGCCCGCAUUCCACCGGCGACGACUUCUUUUGGCAAUGCUUUUUCCUGGCUUCCAUCACGGGUGCGACCCGCAGGUCCGGCGCGUUGGCGUAUCUCGUCCGAAAUCUGCCCAAGCUGGGCGAGCCAGCCGCUCAAGGAAAGCCAGCCAAGAAUGGUGUAUCCGAGGACGAGCACUCCACCCAGCUAGCCCAGAUGGUCACCUCCCCUGAACCUGGACUGCUCUUGCGUUCUUUUGCUGCUGGUCUGACUGACGAGCAAUUGCUCAUUCAGCGGGGAUUUCUGGAUCUUCUCGUCACGCAUCUUCCCCUGAAUUCCAAAGUUCUCCAGAAUAGCGUCAAACCAGGCGACUUGGAGCUUCUACUGCGUGCUGCAGCAGGUGUUGUCAUUCGAAGGGACAUGAGUCUCAACCGUAGAUUGUGGGUAUGGUUCCUUGGACCCGAACCAGCACCGACAGAGAGCGAAAGCGGCAUGGAGUCGCCAUCGUCUCCCGAUCCGCACCAUUCGUAUUUCACAUCCAAGACGAGCUAUUUCGAGGAUCACGGUCUUCGUCCCUUAACAAAAGCUCUCUUGAGCAUGAUCCAUGUGGAUCGGGAUUCAAGUCCUGCAGAGAGGGCGAGACCUUACAGGAUAUGUCUGUCAUUGAUGGACCGGUGGGAGAUCGGUGGGCUGGUCGUUCCAGAAUUAUUCCUACCCAUCGUCAACAGCGUCCGUCAAUAUCGAGACCAGUCGCCUAGCAAAGCCGACUUCAAUGAAGUUUUUCGAAGCGCGAGUGUGUUCUUCGACGGCGUCGAAAGUGGCCUGAUCUACGGCGAGAUUGUCAGUUUACUCGCUCAAGCCAUUGGCCCUGGGACUUUGGCGGAUAAAGAGCGACUGGACAAACUCGAUCUGGUCAACUUCAUCCUGUCAAAUUUCAACGUUCGCGAAGAAGAGAUGAUUACCAUCCAUGCUCCGCUUACUGCGUUGUCUGUUCUCUCCAUGCUGGAGGACACCAGAGACAGACAGAAAGGCAGCACUGCUUCGUCCACAAGGACUUCUCGUAAAAUCACAGAAGAAGCGCUGAACGUCUCACUCACUCUGUUGGACCUUGUACCAGACCGCGCCUUCCCCUCGGCCGAAGCGAAUUCCAAGAGGACUGUAGAAGCCGGCGUCUUGGCCUCCUUGACGGCCGUUGAAGUCUUGAAAAAGAUCAAGUCAUUUUACGUUGACGAACAAGGUAACCUUGACGCCAACAUCCCUUUUUCGCCUGUCGAAGUUGGAGAACUUCUUCUCCGAAAAUCUGGCCAGCUAGUCUGCGACGGCCUCAAGAACACAGAAUCGGACUUGAAUCUGGGCGCCAAGGGAAGGAUACUCACGGCUCUACUAUUGAAGGCGCCAUCGUCGUACGACCUCGAUGGGUCAUAUCUUCUUCAAUGCCUCCAUGAGCGCCUUCAGACUUCGGACAAACUGUCAUUUACUUCUUUCAACUCGAUUCUACAUCUAUCCGCCCACCUCUACUCUGCGGAACGUAUAGAGUUGCCCGACCUAUCCGAGCUUGUCACUCCCUUGGUCAAACAUGCUUGGGAAUUUCUGUCCGCCUCAGAGCCCAAGUAUCACGUUGAAACGGUUAGGUCCUUGUGGCAACUCCAGACAGCUCUCACAAUCCAGAACCGAGACAUCGAGGCUGCCCUAGCGAGCCUGAUAAUUGAAAAUGAUGUGAAGGGGUCUUUUGCAUCUCGUCCAGCUGACGCUGGUCGUCGUUUUGGCGUACUGUGGUCCCACUCAUUACAAGAUUCACCCGCAGAAAGACGGGGAUCGAAGACACCCAUGAUUGAGAAGCCGCCGCAAAUCCGUCUGGCAGGCUCAGAGAAUUACGAUGUCAUGUUGACACGGCCGCUGUUUUUGAUGUUGGAUGCGCUCCUUGAUGAACGAACGCAGCUUUUCAUGACAGUCAAGGGAUGGCUGAACACAUUGGUCAACACUGAAAAAUUGUUCUUGGUAUUCGUAAGGAAGUUCGCAUCUCUGCCAUUUCUAAGAGCAGCCCAUGACAUCGCCUCGGCUGCUGCAUCAACCACGUCAACGACAUUCACAGCUGACGAUGAUUUGGACCUUUGUCUCUACUAUUUGAGGACACUGUCAAAUGUCUUCCGCUGGGCGCCAGAUGUGAUCUGGGGUGUGUUGGCAUCGACGUCGUUGACAGUUGACUCAGAACACCCUGAAAUCGCGCAAAUGAUUGGCCAUGAGGGCGAGGUAUCAAUGCAAGAAGUGUUCAUCCAUGUUUGUCUGCGAUGCAUCGCUGGAAACAACGAACCGGAAGAGCACCUCCGAAUCCGAUCCACGCAGCUCCAUCGGUACGCCCUCACCGUCAUGCACCAAAUCCUCCUGAACCCAUAUGCCGAGCCGCUUGGAAGUCUUCACCUGGAAAACGUUCUCAUCGAGCGGUUGCUACAAUCUCUUAACGGAACAGACCCCUACGUCCAAGUCCUCCUCUUAGAUGUUGUCUUCGAUGCGCUAAAACUUCGGGACAUCAUCAUUGCGGACGUGCCUGCAUCUCCGAUUUCUGAAAAGAGGAAAGUAAGCCUGGAGCCUUCCAAAAACAUCAGGGUAUCUACACAAUCAGAAUCUAAGCCGACGGCCCCGCCUCCCAACCUGCUCAAGUGCCUUCAGGCUGGUCUCAGCUCUCCAAGCAGCCGGAGUGUGCUUGAUAGCUGGGUCAGCUUCCUGACAGAAUGCCUGCCAUUCUACUCGGAUAUCAUCUUCCAAGUUGUCAUCCCUCUUGUUGAGACAUUGUGUCGGCAAAUCUCCAACACCUUCCAAGACUUGCAAUAUAUCUUCAGAGAAAAUGGUGGCUCGAAACAAGACGAGUGGAAUGCCCCCGAAUCAACACUUAUAUCCCUACUCAACGCGAUUGAACAUGUGCUGGCCCGGGCACACGAGCGCCUUUUGGUCGAGGAAGCCAGAACACAAGUGGUCAAGGGGCCAGAUCAACAACCGGGAUUCUUUGGAAACAUGGUGUCUGGUGUUUUCAAUUCUGAUACCCAGCAAACGCGAAGCGCCACUGCGAACGACAGGCUUACGGUCCACCUUGCGUUCCAGGACGCAGUACGCAUCUGCUUCACGAUUUGGUCUUGGGGACAAGGGAAUGAUGCGAACGCGCAGGAUAAUACUUCGAUUGCCUCUCUCAACUACACCUCCCUUCGAAUGAGGAAUCGGGCGAGGCGACUGCUUGAACAUCUCUUCGCAGCCGAAACUCUGGAAUGCCUCGAAACAGUCAUCGACAUCUGGCGGAGCUCCAUCAAUAUCACAACACCAGUACCCCAGUCGGAGGUGUUCAACUUGUUGCCAGCGCUCGACGGUUCCCGACCGAAGCACACGAUUCCAGCCAUAUUCAAUGCCAUCUAUAGCAGGACAAAUCCUGGCGCCUUGGAUGCGUCUCGCAAGUCAACUCUUACAACGUCGCUACAAGACGUUGAUCUGGUCACCUUCUUGGUUGAGUAUGCCCGAACGCUCGAAGACGAUGCCAUGGACGAAAUCUGGCUUGACUGUAUGGCGUUCUUGCGUGACCUGUUGACAAACCCGUUCCCGCACCGACAAACACUACCGAGCCUCUUAGAGUUUGCAGCGAUUCUCGGUGAGAAGGUGGACAAUACCAACUUUGGGGAACAACGAAAGAUGAGACGGGAGCUCGGAGACCUCUUUCUUCGGCUUCUGACCGCAAUCUUCACUACCAAGCCCAUGACAUUCGCUGACGCCGCGCCGUCCUACGAGAAGUCAGAAAAGAACCGUGAUGGUGUCCGUCGAACCACAACGAUUUCACUGGUUAGCGUCCUUGAUAGAGCCGAGGACGUGGUGGCUAUUCUCGCUUCAAUCGUUCCCAACCUGCCAAAGAUUUUGGUGGAGACAGAUCGCGUCUUGUCCGCGGCAAGCACCAUCUCGACAAAUGUUAUUGGACCAGCAUUCAGGGCAAAGGCGUUCCCUGAAACUGUAUCCAAGAACACACUCGACCUUCUGCAGGAGCUAUCUCGGCUACCAAAUAACCAGAAGACUUGGAAGAAAGAUGUCGGCGAUGCUUUCAAUGAUGCUAGGUUCUUCAGCUCAAGCAUCGAUCUCGUGCGCAGCGAUUGGCUGCCGCUGUUGAGGCAAUGGACCAUCAGUGACAAAGAGCGCAUGCCUGAGCUUUUGAGCCGCAUGAGCCCUCCCACGACGGCGGGCAUCGUUUUCGGCGUUGGUGCUACUUCUGCCCGUCUGGAAGCGGACCGCAAGACACAGCUCAAUCUACGUCGCACGGCCACUCUCGUGCUCGCCUCCAACGAAGACGCCUACGUGACGGAGCUUCCUCUCAUCUUGGAUAAGGUGGUUGAACUUCUCGGUGCCACAGCAACAUCUUCUCCAUCAUCAACAACACGGGCGGAGAUUUACAUGCUCGUUCGUGCGCUAGUCCUCAAGACAAGUGCGGUCCACUUGGCGAUGAUCUGGCCUGUUAUCAAUGCCGAACUUCACGCGGCCAUCGCAUCUGUUGUUGCGGCUGACCACAGCACCGCGUCGGACACGUACAACAACCUGUCCAUCUUGCAAGCCUGCAAGCUACUCGACUUGCUUGUGUGUGUCGCUCCCGACGACUUCCAACUGCACGAGUGGCUUUUCGUCACAGAUACCAUCGACGCGGUAUACCGAUCCACGAACUACCAGCCUGUGGCCCUCGUGGACGAACUCUCGGAGGAGCUCGGCUCGAUGGGUAUCAGCUCAUCACUACAGACUACCCCGGCGGCGCACCUUGCGGCAAGCAGCUCCCACCGACGGCCGCUCCUGGGACCUGGUGGUAUCAACGACGAGGUCAGCAUAGACAGGAAAGACGAGCUUGUCGGCAAGAUCAUGCGCCCCUUCUUCGGCCAGCUCAGCAUCUUCGCCUUCGAGUCGACGUACGCGAUGGCGCCGUUGGACAGGGAAUUCUGCGUUCAGGGGUUGUUGAAGGAUUUGUUUGACGAGCGUAGCGUGGUCAGGGCGUUGUAA